CCCGUCCAUAUAUAUACCGAUAUAGCACUGUUAGAAGAACAUUGUUCAGUGCCUUCACCAACAAACAAACACAAACAUGAAGACCAUUGUAUUUCUGGGUUUAUUGGCAGUCGUUUGCGCUGCACCACAAGGCCCAGCUACCGAGCCCAUACCGAUUAUUCGUCAAGAUAGCCAGGUCAACCCUGAUGGCUCGUACCAGUAUUCUUAUGAGACUGGAAAUGGCAUAGUUGCUGAGGAGCAGGGUGAACUGAAGAAUGUCGGUGCCGAGGAGCCUGCUAUUCAAGUUCAGGGACAAUUUCAGUAUCCUAGUGACGAUGGCAGCAACAUUCAGUUGACUUAUGUUGCUAAUGAAAACGGUUUCCAGCCUCAGGGUGCUCAUCUUCCCACUCCUCCCCCAAUUCCCGCAGCGAUCCAACGUGCUCUUGAUUUCCUCGCUACCGCUCCUCCACAAGCUGAAAAUAGAAAUUAAGUUAAUUAAACCUGCUUAUACACAGGUUACUGAUAAUGAAAUCAAUCGACAGUCAUUCAUAUUCACUAUGUGAACUAGAAUGAUUAAUAAAUUAGUUACAAAUAACUUCUUCAAAAGUGUUCUAUGUUUUUCAUAGAAACAUUGAGGCAUGUAUUUAUUUUUUAUACUUUUGAUAAUCAUUUUGUAAAUACAUUUAAUUUAAACGUUUUGUACAAAUAAUUUACGCUUUUUUAUUAAAUCCCAGUAUUUCUCAUUAUUAUAUAGAUUUUACAAUAUUACAGAUUGUUUGUCACAUAAACGGUUAAACGGAUUU